CGAGGACAUCGGUAGGCAUGGGGGCUUGGUGUUCGCUGUCAGGGUUGGAGCUGCUUGAAGUACUAUCAAAGUCAAGCUGCCCGUUGCUUUUGGGCUGCGUGCUAUCGUCCUCUUCUUGCGCAAGGUUCGUCUCCAGCCUGGGCGGCCCUCCAGUGUUGUCUUGUUGAAUGCCAGAGAACAGAUGCUUGUUUUGGAGUCCAGGUUUAUGUCGAAACUUAGUCCUGAUCAUCGCGUUCCUGCCCCUAAGCUCUUCACUAGUUUUGAAGUCCUUGUCUUCCCCGAGUAUAGUGGGAAUAACACGAGCUACGUUCUGUCAGUCUGCCUCACUUUGGUUGCGUCCCGGCUGUGGCUUUAGGUGGAAGAAGAUGCUUACAUGCAGAUGUGCCAGGUUUUGUUUUGUUGGCGUGAUUGGUGUUAUCGACGCGACUCAAAUCCUUCAAAAUAUUUUUAUCCGUUAUUAGUAGCCGGCCAAGGAACGCGUUGUAGUCUUCCAUAUCACCGAGGCUAGACGGUGACUUAUGUCGUACAUUCUGGUUGUGU